CUUUCUUCUUAGCAGUCAGUCUUCUUCAUACUCCCACGCCUCUCAGCAAGCAACAUGCAGUCGCGACUGUUGCCCUCCGGCCCUAGGCGCUGGGUCUCCCUUCGUUGCCCCGUGACUCCGCAACGACGAGCGUUCGCCUCAACCCGGCUCUUUUUCCAGGAUACUGGUGUCUUCCAGUCACAGCUGGAGGACCCUGCCUCCGCUGCCAUCUUUGCCUCCCUGCAGACCUCCAGGGCCAUUCCACAGACCCUGACGGAAAAAAUCGUCCAAAAAUACUCGGUAGGCUUGGCCAGUGAUAAGUUCGUCAAAUCCGGCGACUAUGUUACCAUUUCACCCCAUCGGAUCAUGACCCAUGACAACUCCUGGCCCGUCGCCUUGAAGUUCAUGUCGAUCGGUGCGUCCAAAGUGCAUGAUCCCAAACAGAUCGUGAUGACUCUUGACCACGAUGUCCAGAACAAAUCGGACAAGAACCUUCAGAAGUAUCGCCAGAUUGAGGAGUUCGCGAAGCAGCAUGGCGUUGAGUUCUACCCGGCAGGACGAGGAAUUGGUCACCAGAUCAUGGUGGAGGAAGGAUUUGCUUGGCCUGGCACACUCGUGGUUGCCUCGGACAGUCACAGUAAUACCUAUGGUGCACUUGGCGUUGUCGGUACUCCAAUUGUGAGAACCGAUGCAGCUAGUAUCUGGGCGACAGGUAAGACGUGGUGGCAAAUUCCUCCAGUGGCCAAGGUUACCCUUACUGGAGUUCUGCCACCGGGCGUGACUGGCAAGGAUGUGAUCGUUGCCCUGUGCGGUCUAUUCGGCAAGGACGAGGUUCUGAACCACGCAAUCGAGUUCACUGGCUCUGAGGAGACCAUGAGAAGUCUAUCUAUGGAUAAUCGGUUGACUAUUGCCAAUAUGACGACGGAAUGGGGUGCACUGUCAGGACUGUUUCCCAUGGACAGUGUCCUCAAGGGUUGGCUUAAGGGCAAGGCCACCACUGCUGCCAUGGGGCUCGCUGAUGGGCCAUUCAAGACUCUGGCCCCUCAUCAUUUCACUCACCCGCUUGUGGAGCAGCUGUUUGAGAACCCGCUCACUGCGGAUAAGGGUGCAAAGUACGCUAAGGAGCUCUUCCUGGACCUUUCAACCCUUUCUCCAUACAUCUCUGGACCCAACUCUGUUAAAGUGGCAACGCCCCUUAAGGAGCUGGAAGCACAGGAUAUCAAAGUCAACAAGGCCUACCUGGUCUCCUGCACAAACUCGAGGGCUUCGGAUAUCGCCGCUGCUGCUAAGGUGUUCAAGGAGGCCGCGGAGAAGGAUGGUGGUAAAAUCCCCAAAAUUGCCCAUGGUGUGAAGUUCUACAUCGCUGCAGCAUCCAUCCCAGAGCAGCUCGCAGCGGAAGGGACUGGUGACUGGCAGACACUCCUGGAAGCUGGAGCCACGCCUCUCCCCGCAGGAUGCGGGCCUUGCAUCGGCCUCGGAACAGGACUGCUGGAGCCCGGCGAGGUCGGCAUCAGUGCAUCGAACCGCAACUUUAAGGGACGUAUGGGAAGUACUGAAGCCAAGGCGUACUUGGGUAGUCCCGAGGUUGUUGCCGCGAGUGCUCUCAGCGGAAAGCUUAGCGGUCCUGGCUGGUACCAGACCCCUGAGGGCUGGACCGAGGUUGUCCGAGGCGAGGGCGAUGGCAUUCGUGAGGAGGACCGGAUGCUUACCAAUGAACAAGCCCUUGAGAAGCUGAUCGGUCAGCUUGACGAUCUUGUCGCUGAUGGAGAGAAGCGCUUUGCUCCGGAGGAAACGGCCGAGGAGGAGGGCGGCCUGACAGAAGUGUACCCUGGAUUCCCCGAACGAGUCUCUGGCGAGAUUGUGUUCUGUGAUGCAGACAAUCUAAGUACAGAUGGGAUCUAUCCGGGCUUCUGGACCUAUCAAGAUAAUGUCACCGUGGAAAAGAUGGCGGAGGUGUGCAUGUCCAACUACGAUGCUCAGUUCUCCUCGAUCGCGAAGGAGGGUGAUAUCCUUGUUAGUGGAUUCAACUUCGGCUGUGGUAGCUCCCGCGAGCAGGCAGCCACUGCUCUUCUGGCGAAGAAAAUCCCUCUCGUCGUGGCGGGUAGCUUUGGCAACAUCUUCUCCCGCAACAGCAUCAACAACGCCCUGAUGGGUCUGGAGGUUCCGCGUCUGAUCAGCCGUCUGCGCGAGGAAUUUGGCGAAAAGCAGCCUACCCGUCGAACUGGCUGGACUCUGACUUGGGAUGUCCGGAGGAGUCAGAUUGAGGUCCAGGAGGGACAGAACGGGUCCAAGUGGACACACAAGGUGGGCGAGCUGCCGCCAAACGUGCAGGAGAUCAUUGCCAAGGGUGGUCUGGAGAAAUGGGUCAAGAACGCCAUCGAAGCGUGAGAAGCGUGAGAAGCGUGAGAGAUGUAGGAAAUGAAAGGCGCGACCGUCGACAACUGAUUCUUAUGAUACCCUAGCCUUCCAGUCUUCGUUUUGGGGAUGCUGUGUGGAUGUUUCUUUCGGUCGAGAUGCAUGGGAUGAUUGUAUGUAUAGGUGGGAGUCCAAAAUUAGAUUUACUUUCAGUCAUGGGGCAAAAUAUACGAUUAGUUAAGUU